UCUAUCUCUCUCUCUCUCUCUCUCUCUACUCCAGCAAAGUCGCAGAACAAAAACCUAAAAUUCUCUCUCUUUCUCUCUCUCUCUCUCUAAACCCCAAAAACCGAUGGCCUCCAAGCUCCUCGCCUCCGCCGCCCUCCGCCGAUCGUCGCCGGCGGCGGCCGCCCCUCCCCUCCUCCUCCGCCGCCUCCUCUCCACCGCCUCCGCCGCCGCCGCCGCCGCCGCCGCCGAGCCCUACGAGGAGGCGUCCUCCGGCGUCGUCAUGAAGGGCGUCCGGAUCUCCGGCCGCCCCCUGUACCUCGACAUGCAGGCCACCUCCCCCGUGGACCCCCGCGUCCUCGACGCGAUGCUCCCCUUCUACCUCCACCGCUACGGCAACCCCCACUCCCGCACCCACCUCUACGGCUGGGAGUCCGACCUCGCCGUCGAGUCCGCCCGCUCCCAGGUCGCCUCCCUCGUCGGCGCCUCCCCCAAGGAGAUCGUCUUCACCUCCGGCGCCACCGAGUCCAACAACGUCUCCGUCAAGGGCGUCAUGCACUUCUACCGCGACAAGAAGCGCCACGUCGUCACCACCCAGACCGAGCACAAGUGCGUCCUCGAUUCCUGCCGCCACCUCCAGCAGGAGGGCUUCGACGUCACCUACCUCCCCGUCGGCCCCGAUGGGAUCGUCGACUUGGAGCGCCUGCGCUCCGCGAUCCGCCCCGACACGGGGCUCGUCUCGGUCAUGGCGGUGAACAACGAGAUUGGGGUCAUACAGCCCAUGGAGGAGAUUGGGAGGAUUUGCAAGGAGUUCAAUGUUCCCUUCCAUACUGAUGCUGCUCAGGCUCUGGGGAAGAUCCCUAUUGACGUUGAGAAGUGGAAUGUGAGCUUGAUGUCCUUGAGCGGGCACAAGAUUUACGGCCCCAAAGGCAUUGGGGCUCUGUACAUGAGGAGGCGGCCCCGGAUAAGGGUCGAGCCGCAGAUGAAUGGUGGUGGUCAGGAGCGGGGGAUCCGGAGCGGGACUGUCCCGACCCCGCUCGUGGUCGGGAUGGGCGCGGCGUGCGAGCUGGCUAUGAAGGAAAUGGAGUACGACCACGGGAGGAUCAGCGCUCUGCAGGAGCGGCUGCUUAAUGGGAUUAGGGAGAAAAUCGAUGGGGUCGUGGUUAAUGGGAGCAUGGAGAGGCGGUAUGCCGGUAAUUUGAACUUGUCCUUCGCGUACGUUGAAGGGGAGAGCUUGUUGAUGGGGCUGAAGGAGGUCGCGGUGUCAAGUGGCAGCGCCUGCACGAGCGCGAGCUUGGAGCCGUCGUACGUGUUGAGGGCAUUGGGUGUGGACGAGGACAUGGCUCAUACCUCAAUUCGAUAUGGAAUCGGGAGGUUUACUACAGAGGAAGAGAUCGAUAGGGCGGUCGAGCUUACAGUGCAGCAGGUGGUGAAGCUGAGGGAGAUGAGCCCGCUUUAUGAAAUGGUCAAGGAAGGAGUCGACAUCAAGAGCAUACAGUGGGCACAACAUUGAUUGGAUGGAUGAAACCAGUUGCUGUUUUUUGUGUACACAAGAAUGGAGACCUAACAGGUGAUGAAAGAUGAAGAAAUUGGAGUCCUGACACGAAGAUUGGCCCUUGAGCUGGAGCUGAGAUUAUAGUAAAGAGGUGUAAGAACUCCGCACAGAUUUUUUGGUUUUUUACCUGAAUAUGUUAAUGGCGAAUCGCGUUUUCUUAGUAUCUGGGGUCAAAGUAUUGAAGUACCUAGUAUCUUCUGUAUAUUGGCUGGUGUUUCUUGUAGGAUAAAUUGGUUCAACUAAUAAACUGGCUAUACAUGAGGGCAUUGUAAUUUGUGAUAGUUUGAGCUUGAUGUUCAAUAUGCACUUUGGUAAUGGAGAAUGCGACAGAGCACCUCAUCACAGUAA